AUGUUCGAAUCACUAGUUGAAAAACUGUUGAAUAAAUUUUUGGCUCCAUACGUAGAAGGUAUAGAACGGAAUUUACAUUUGGGUGUAUGGUCUGGUAAUAUUGUAUUAGAGAAUUUAAAAUUGAAACCACAAAUAACUGAAAUAUUAGACUUGUCAUUUAAGAUAAUUCAUGGGAAUAUAGGAAGAAUAAAUAUACAGAUACCAUGGAGCAGUUUAGGAAAAAACCCUGUGUGCGUUUUAAUAAAAAAUGUUCACAUAUAUAUAAAACCACGAUGUUAUAAAAAAAGUGAAGAAGUUAUUAUUGAAGAAUUAAGAAAAGCAAAAAUGCAUAGAUUACAGUUAUUAGAAGAAGAAAUUUCUCUUAUUAAGUUACAAAAAAAUAAUGAGAAAUCUUCUGAAAAAUCUACACUUAUAUUUAAAUUAUUAAAUAAAAUUAUUAAUAAUAUUCAAAUAGAUAUUCAAGAUAUACUAAUUCAUUUUGAGGAUCCAGAUAAAAACUUCUCUAUUGGUUUUAUUUUGAAAUCCUCUUCAGUCAAAAAUUGUCAAAAUAACGACGAGAUGUCAACACAAGCAAAUUCAAAUGCAGAAAAUAAAACAUUGAAUCAUAUAAUUGAAUUUAAAGGAUUAUGUAUUUAUAGUAAUAGUGAUAUAAAAUCAAGGACAAAGAAAAAAAUUAGGAAGAAAAAUAAAAAACGAAGUAAAGAUAUGGUAGAAAUAUUGGAAGAUGAUAAAAAUAAAGACAAUGUAAAGAAUUCAUCAAAUGGUAAGAACAUAAGUGAAAUGAAAUAUGAGAAAAGUGAACUUUCAUUAAGUAAUGAAAAGUUUCCUAAUAUGAAUAAGACAGAUACCGAGGAUAUGGAAAUAUUUGAUAUUUCGUCAAAAAUAAAAGAUAGUGUUUAUAAUAAUUUAGAUAGUAAUGAUAAUAAUAUAAAUAGUAAUGAUAAUAAUAUAAAUAAUAAUGAUAAUAAUUUAAAUAAUAAUCAUAAUAAAUUAAAUAAUAAUGAUAAUAAUAUAAAUAAUAAUGAUAAUAAUAUAAAUAAUAAUAAUAAUAAUUUAAAUAAUAAUGAUAAUAAUUUAAAUAAUAAUAAUAACAAUUUAAAUAAUAAUGAUAAUAAUUUAAAUAAUAAUGAUAAUAAUUUAAAUAAUAAUGACCAAAAUAAAGACACACAUGAUUACUCAAAAUUAAGUAGUUGUGAUAGUAGCACCCAAGAUGAUUAUUUAAAAACCACCUUAAAUAGAAUAAGCAGUUUUUUAAAAGAAGAAGAAAAUAUUAUUUUACAUAAUUAUAAUUUUGAAUAUUUAAUAAAACCCUUCGAUUUAGUAUUACCAGUAGAACAAUCAAGUAAUAAAAAAGAAUUAAAAGCUAAAUUAGAAAUAAGUGAUAAAUGGGAAGGUAUUACUCUCACGAAGACCCAAAUAACGAAAAUUAUAGAAAUAAUGAAUGAAGCUAAUAAAUCUAGGAAUCAAACAAAUAAAUUAUUAUUAAAGCAUGCAUGGACAGUUCGAUUAGAUAUCGAAUCGUUAAGAAAUGAGACGAAAAACGAAUUUAUAAAUCUAUAUAAUAAAGUAUUAGGAGAAGAAUAUAAUAUAAGCAAUACAGAAUUAUCUGCACAAGAAAUUAAUAGAUUACAAAUUUUAUAUGAUGUUGUGGGUGUUCGACAUUUGGCAAAAUGGAGAUUACACUGUAGAACCACAUUAGAAAAAUUUAUUGAAGAAAAAAAUUUAAAGAAGAAAUUUUUAUAUGAUUCAAUAUAUAAGCAGCAAUCUUGGUGGUCUUGGGUAACAGGCAAUAAAAAAGAAAUUGAGAAUAAAGUACAAAACAUUUUAAAUAGUGAACAGGAUAUAAUAAAUGAAAAUGAGUUGUUUAUGAUACAAGAAGCUAUGACAAAUGAUGAUAACUAUGAUGUUGUUAUGCCAUCAAAAUAUGAUUUUCAAUUUAAACUAGCUAAUUUUUCGAUAAAUGUAUAUGAUGAUUGUAAAAAGAGGAUAAUAGAUAAUAGAAAUGUGAAUAAUCACCAUAAUAAUCAUAAUAAUAAUAAUAAUAAUAACAAUAUAUAUAUUAGGGGGGUAAGUAACAAAAGUGAAGUAACUAAUAAUAGACAACAUAUAAAAGAAGAUAAAUUAAAUUUUAAUGAUAUUAUAAAAGAUGAAUUAAGUAUAAAUAGCAGUUGUGAAACCUUAUUGACAAGUUCCAUAAAUUUAAGUUCCACUGAUUCCAAAUUAAAUAAAAGACGUGUAAGAUAUGAACGGGUAAAUAUCUUGUCUAUAAAUUUUUAUCAAAUAUAUUCUUCUUUAUCUCUACAAUCAGUUGUUGAUCAUAAUGAUCAUGAUAAUUUCCAAUGGAAGUUUAUUAUUGAAUUACAAAAUUUUAUAGCAAAACACAAAAAUAAGGUAUUUAUGGAAUUUAGGAAUAAUAAAAAUUCCUUUCCAUAUAAUAUGAAUACAUCAGGAAGUCUAUAUAAAAAUUCUAUUUUCUAUUCAUUAUUAUAUAGUCAAACUGUUUGCGCCUAUUUAGAAAUUAACCAUUUAGUAACAGAAAAGGGUAAUACAUUAUCCACUAUAUUAAGACUGAACCCUUUGGAGCUUUAUUUAUCUCCAUUAUUAAUUAAAAGUAUAUUGUCAUUUACAUUUCCUCUAUUAGAUAUAAUUAAUAAAAGUCAUAAGACAGCAAUGAAAAAGUACAAGAGUAAAAAUGUGAGUUUAUCUGUGGAAAAGCAAAAACAAAAGGAAGAAACUUCACCUGGUGUUAUUAAAAAGAAGGAAUCAAUUUCGGGCACAAGAAAAAGAAGUAAUAAAAAUAAGAAGAGCCAUCAUGAAAUUGGAAGUAUAAAGAAGGAUGUAAAUAAUGAAGAAAAUGAUACGAUAAAGCAAGAUGAUCAUAAAAAUAUGAAUGCUGAUAGUAAUAAAAAUAAUGAUAAUAAUUAUGAUAAUAAUGAUGAAUGUGAUGAUAAUAAUGAUGAAUGUGGUGAAUAUAAUGAUGAAGAUGAUGAGGACAAAAAUAACGAUAAUGAGGAUAAUAAUAACGAUGAUGAUGAGGAAGAUGAGGAUGAUGAUGACGAGGAUGACGAAGAAGCAUUAUUACAAAUAAAAAAAAUGGAACAAUCCGAAUUAUUAGAAGGAUUAAAAGAAAGAGGAGAAAAUGUUUAUAAUAGAGCUGUUCAACACCUUCCAGAAUUAUUUGAGUUUUAUAUACAUAUAUGUGGUCCCAUUUUACAUUUUGACAAUUUAACGAAUGGCAUAGUGGAAUUGCAUUUAGGUAAUUUGGUAGCAAAAACAGAACACCCAUGUACCUAUAAUAAAUUUAAUUUAAUAUUUGAAUUUAAUGAAACGCAAAUAACAUGCUUAAAAAUAGGCUCAGGAUAUAUGAAGAAGGAUGAAAAAUGUAAAAAGGAUAUAAUUUUUAAUGAGAACCAAAAAGAUUUGCAUAAAUCAACAAAAGCAUAUAAGAAGAUGGAUAAAAGUAAUAUAUAUUUAGAAAUAAAUGAAGAAGGAUUAUUUUCAAAUAAUGCAAUGGAUAAUACCGAAAUGGAUGAUUUAAAAGAUAGUUAUUUUAAUAGUAUAAAGGAAAAGGUAUUAACAGGUGAAAAAUUUUAUAUAUUACAACCAAUUCCAGUAAAAAUCUAUGUAGAAUAUGACUUGAAAAUUUUGAAAACAAAUAUUAUAUUAGAUGGAAUAUUUUUUCAAAUUAAUCCAGAUGCUAUUAGUAUUAUAUUAGCAGUUCCAACAUCGAUAACUAGAUACCUGACUGGAGUUUAUUCUAAAAAUAAAAAUGAGAAUGAAUUUAAUAAGAACAAGAAGAAAACUUCAGUUGAAAAAAAGGAGGGAGAUAUAAUGAAAGGAGAUGAUAUUACAAGAGCAAGUAUGUCAAAUAUCGAUAGUGGUGUACAGAAAAGAAAUAGUAUUACUGAUAUUAUAAAAGGGAAUAAAGAUAAUGAUAAUGUGGUAGAAAUGAAUAAUAAAGGUAUGCCAAAGGAAGAAGAGUCGUUUUUAUAUGAUAUUGAUUUUUUAAUUAAAAAUUCUUCUUUUUCAAUUAAGAAUAAGAAAAAUUGUGAAAUAUUGAAAUAUGAAGCAUGUGGUAUAUUUUAUAAGAAUUAUUUACAAAAGAAGAGGAAAAUUAUUAAAAUGGAAAUUGAACAGUUAUGGAUUUGUGAUCCUAGUAAUAAGCAACCUAUAUUUUUUACUUUAACGAAGGAUAUAAAUUCAAAGGAUAUAUUUUUAUUUAGAUCCUUAUCUACAUAUUUGGAAGAGAAAAGUCAUAACAAUAAUAGUAUUGAACAAAAGGAAAUUGAUAUGGAAAGUGAUAAUCAUAUAAAUGUUGGUAUAGACGACGUAUUAGAAGAAGAUCAUUUUAUGAUGGGCAACAACAAUAAUAUUAAUAAUAAUAGCAGUCAUAUUAGGAAGAAUAGUUUUAAUAUAGGGUCAAAUGCUUUUGGUAGUUUAGAAAGAUUCGAAUCUGCUAAAGUGAUGGAUGAUAAUGUAUACACAAAUGGAAAACAUAAAGGUUCAAUCAAGAAUGUAAUGAUUGAUAAUUCUAUUAUAAAUAAUGAACAAUUAAUAAACAAUAGAGCAGAAGGAGGAAAAUAUAUGAGCACAAAUAGAUUUUCUGCUAGUGGAAUAAAUCAGUUUAAUAAAUAUGUUGGUAUGAAUAUAGAUAGAAAAAAUGAAGAGACCAAAUUGAAUGGGAAAAAAGAAAAUGAUGAAAAUAAAAAUGUUGAGGAAGAAGAUGAUGAUUUUAUGGAUGCUAUUGAAGAAAAACAAUUAUCUAUAAGUCUUCAAAUUUUACAAGAACAUAAUGAAAAGAAUAUUGAAGAAACUCAUAUUAAUUUUAUUAUUAGUGAUAUCGAAUUACAUUGGAAAUAUAAAACAAUAAAACAGAUUUUUAAAACAAUGAAAGAAUAUAAGAAAACGUUACAAUAUGGUAUAGAAAAAGAUAUGACAUAUAUAAAAAAUAAAUUAAAAAAUGAAAAGGAUUUAAAAAAUUAUAAAAUGUUCAUAUCUGAAAAUACCUUAAGAAGUGUACAAGAAACUUUGAAAAAUGUUAAGGAUUCAUUAAAUAUUUUAGAUAUGGAAUCUGCAAAGGAUAAGGAUGAUAUAAUAAAUAAUGUACAAGAAAAAGAAAUGGACAAAGAUAAUGUUAAAAUGAAUGCAGAAGGUAUACAUCUUAUGAAUCCUUAUUAUGCGAGGGACGAAGAUUUAAAUAUGAUAGCUGAUAAUAAGCUGCUUUUUAAUUUAAGAAAUGAAAAAAAUAAUGAAGAAAUAAAUAUUAAUAAUGCUAACACUGUAAAUGAUAAUAAUGGCAUUAAUAAUAAUGAUGAUAUUAAUAAUAACGAUGAUAUGAUUAAUAAUGAUGAUAUUAUUAAUAAUCAUAAUUAUAACAUUUUGAAUGAUAAUAUUCUUAGUAAGGGACUUAAUGAUACAUUACCCAAAUUACACGGUCAACAAAAUUCAUAUCCCAAAUAUUUUUUCAACUGUUUUAUAAAAAGUGCUUCCUUAGCCUUCUGGAAGAAGAAGAAAAUUUUUUCUAGAAUUCAAGUGAGUAACAUAUUUUAUGAAAAUAAAAUAUAUAUCAAUUUUGAUCAGAAGAUGUUUUUGAAUAUAGAAAAGGGGAUAAUGUCAAUGAAUAAUAAGAACAUUAUAUCUAAUAAUAUUAACGAUUAUAAAUACGACCUGUUUAUUUCUAAAGAUAGGAAAAGAUUUGGUUCAAGUGAUAUCGAGAAUGAGGAUAGAAAUAUGUUAAGUCAUUUAAAAUAUGGAAAAAAAGAAGGGAACUUAAAUGCAAUGCAGAAUGAUGAUGAUAAAGAAAAAGAAGAAUAUACAGCAGAGGAUACAUUUUCGGAAAGACGAAAUAGUCGAGAUAUAUUAAAUAAUAUAAAUCUAGAUAAUUUAUCUAUAGAAAUAAAGAAGAAAAAGAAAACAAUGCAUAAAGAAUCCAAAGAAGAUUUGUUUAUUGGUAAGAUAAAAGUAUAUAAUGAUAAGAGGAAUUAUAAUAUAUGUUUAUUAUGUGAAAUUCCAAGAAUGUAUUAUAUUUUUUACCUGAAAGAUUUAAGAUUAUUUUUGGAAUAUUUAGAUGAUGGUAUAUUAAAUGUUUUUAUUAGUAAAUCAUAUAAAAAGGUAGUUCAGGCUGCUCAGACCAAAUACUUUUUAUUUAAUUUUACAUUUAUGGAUCCUAUAGUGAUCAUACCUGAAGAUAAAAAUAUGAUAUAUAAUUAUAAGGGAGAGGUGAAAAAUGUUUCUAGAUAUUUUAAGAGUAGCACUAGUAAUAAUAACACAAAGGAAAAUGAGGACACAAAUGAUAUUGCAAAAAGAAGCUCAAAGGAAUAUAUUCUUUCCAAUGAAAAAAAAGAUACAAAGACUGAAGCGUGUAACAAUUAUAAUAAUGUGAAUAAUAAGAAUAUACAUAACACUAAUUUUGAUUGUGAUAUGAAAUCCAAUUAUGAUAAAAAUUCAAUUGGUCGUAAUACAUAUAAUAGUAAUAAUAUACCAUACAUUGAAUCUUAUUUACAAUUCCAUUUAAGCAAAUUAAAACUUAAAAAUUCUUACACUCUAAAAUGUACGGAAGAAAUAAGAGUAGCACAGAGAAGACAAAUGAUAUUAAAAAAAAAGAAAUAUAAAGGAAGAAGUGAAAAGGAAAAAAUAAAUAAAAAUAAAUAUGAAAAUGAAUCUUUUAUAAGAAGUGAUAUUGUAUCUAAGGAACAAUUAAGACCAUUAGAGCGAAAAAGGAAUAGUGUAAAUAAUGAUUUGGUGAAAUUAGAUUUUACGUUAUAUAUUGAUAUAUUAGAUAUAGAAAGUAAAGCUUGUGAAAAUGGGGGUAGUAGUAAUAUAGAAGGGGAAAUCUUGCAUAAGGUAAAUUUAGGUUUCUGUUUAAUAAAUGCUAGGAAUGGUAUAUUUAUAUAUUUAAAUGGAAAUGACUUAUGUUUAGAUUUAACAGUAUUUCAAUUAGCUUUUUUGUUGGAUAUAAUAAAUGAAAACUUUUGUUAUAAGGGAUAUUUCCCAAUGUGCUUUAUAUGUGAUAAGGAUGUGAGUUUAGACAGUAUGAUAAAUUCGGAGUGGUUUAAAAAAGGAUACAUGAAUUUUAACAAUUUUAAUAAUAGGAAAGAAAUGAAAGGAAAAACAAAUGACAAUAAAAAGGAAGAUAUAAUGAACAAUAUAAAUAAUAUCAAUAAUAUCAACAACAACAACAAUAAUAAUAUCAAUAAUAUCAACAACAACAAUAAUAAUAAUAAUAAUAAUAAUAAUAAUAAGGUAAAUAAUUAUGAAAUUGGAGAUGGUGCUAUAAAUAACAAUGUGUAUGAUAGCGAUCGCACUAUUGAUAAGGAAAUGGAUCACGGUAAAAAUAAAUUGGAUAUGUCAAUGAACCAAGAAAAAAAAAGUGAUUCAUUAACAAAUGAUAAACUAAUAAUAAAAGAUUCAAAAGAGAAUGUAACAAAAAAGACAGGCUUGAAAUUAUAUGUAUAUAUAAAUUUUGAAAGUUUAAAAAUUAAAACAGCAUUUGAUACAAAUACACCUGUAGCCAUUAUAACAUUCCAAUAUAUAAGUAUGUCAUUUCGUUUAGUUCUCUUAGAUUUCUAUUAUGUUUACUUUUUUGAUUUACAUGGUAAUUCAUUGUAUAUAGAUGAUGCUAGGAAAAAUUCAAUCAAUUAUUACAAAAGGGUAGCCUACUGUUGUAUUGAAAAUGAAAAGAAAAAGUUCAAGAGGGAAAAUAAAAAAGCGCAUGAGUUGUAUAAAAAUGUAUAUAAUGAAGAAGCAUAUAAUGAUACUCUUAAUAAGAGUAAUGUAUAUGAGUAUAAUAAUGUGGAAAGGAAUUCGUAUCAAAUUAAUAGAGAAAAUAAAAUAUAUGAUAAUAAUGGGUCACAUUUUUAUAAUAAUAAAGAUGUUCAAGAUGAAUAUGAUGAAAAAGUACAAAAACUACAUAAUAAUAGUAGUAAUAAUAUUUCUGUUACGACACAAUCUGAUAUAAAAGAUUAUAAAAAUUUAUUAAUAUAUAUGUUUGAAAAUAAUGUAUUUUUAAAUGAAAAGAAGAAAAGGAAAAAACAAAAAGGAAUAAAAAUAAAAAUUAAUUCUUUCAUAGAAGAUUUGUUAUUAAAUAUUGAACUUGAUGAUGCGUAUAUUUGCUUUUUUUUCCUUAUUUUUAUAGAUAUAUAUAAAUUUUUAACGACAGGAUUUAAUUUGAGCACGUUACAUUUGUAUCCGAAGCCAUCACCUUAUAUUGUAUCUUACAAAAAUGAAAAUAAAAAGAAAAAGAUAAAGGGUCAUGAAUAUGUAGAGAAUAGUGAAAGUAAAAGUAUCCAUAGAAAAAAAAAGGUUGUGUGUUCGAAGACGGAGGAAGAAAAACAUAUAAAGGAACAGAUUAGUAUUAGAUGUACUAGAUCUCAAUAUAAAAAUACCUCAAAUGAAAAUAAAAAUAAAAAUAUUAAUAAUAAUAAUAAUAAUAAUAAUAAUAAUAGUAAUAAUAAGAGUAGUAUCAACUGUAAGGAAAAUACCAGUAUAAAUAUCGAAGAAAAUGUGUUUAAAAGAGAAAGAAUUCAUUAUGAUGAAGAAAUUAUUGAACAAAAUGUUCAACUCAUCAAUGAAGAAGACAAUGAAAAACAUUGGGUACAAAAAAAGAAGAAAAUUAUUCGACGUAGUAGUGUUUUAGAACAAUCAAAAUAUAUAAAAGGGAAAUUAAAAGAACAGAAAAAUAAAAUAAUAACAAAUAUAAACGAAGUAUUAAAAUUAGAUAAUAAACCAUUUCAUGUAAGUUUUAAAGUGAAUAAUGGGAAUUUCAUUAUUUUUACAGAUGUCGAAAAAGUAUCUCAUCCAAUAAUAAUGUGGUCAAAUAAUUUUGUUUUUUCAUUUUCUUUAUUUAAUAAAUGUAUUGUAUUUAGAAAAAUAUAUGCAAUAGAUAGUAAAGUGAAGAGGAUUAAUUAUGUAUCGUCAUCUCAUGUACAUUAUAAGUAUGAUACUAUUAAGAAGAGGAACAAUAAAAGCAACCAUAACAAUAAAAAUAACAAUAACAAUAAAAAUAACAACAACAAUAAAAAUAACAAUAAAAAUAACAAUAACAAUAAGGAUAAUAAUAAAAACAACAGUAACGAUAAUAAUAACAUCAAUAUGGACAAUAACAAUAAAAAUAACAAUAACAAAAUAUUUGAUCCUAAGAAUAUAUCGAACCCACUUCAUAAUUAUCAUAAAAAGAAAAUAUUACUAUGUGAUAAUUUGAAUGUAAUGGGUGAAGCUGUUUACGAAUCAGUUGAUACAAGAACUGAGGAUUAUAAAUUAAAAAGUAGUGUAAUAAGAAAAGAUAACAAUUCACCAUUUAUAACCGUUUUUGAAUUAGAUAUAAAUAUUGGUAAUUUUGAUAUACGUUUAUCAAAUGACGAUGUUGAAAUAUUAUUGAAAGCAUCAUCCACAUUAUUUGGUGAUGUCCCUAGUUCAUUUACAAAUAUAGUAGUUGGCCCAGUUAUACCACCGUUAACUUUUAUACAUAAAAAAAUAAAGAAUAAAUUUAUGCAAAACAAUAUUUAUUAUAUAAGUACAAAUAUCAAGGAGGAGACCGAAUUGUUUUGUGGAUCCGAUUUGCAAAUAACAAGUAUAAAUAUAUUAAAGAAGAGAAGGAAAAAAAUUAUAAGAAAGAAGGAAAAGAAAGAUGCAAGAAAUAGAAAGGAAAUGGAGAGAAAUGAUCAUAAUAAAAUAAAGAAUAUAAGAAAUGAUGAAAUUAAUAUGAAUGAAAAGAAAAGUAUAGUAGAUUGUCAUAUUGAGGAAAAGAAAUUAGAUCAGAAAGAAUAUAACGAGUUUAGUAAUAAGGAUGAAAUAUAUACUGAUUCUAGUAACAUGAUGGAAUAUGUAUAUUAUAAAAAAAUAUCUGAUGUCUCUUCAAGUACUAAUACUUUAAGUUAUUCCAAUACAUCUUUAAGUGAAUUACAUGGAGAAAAAAAUAUAUUAUAUAAGAGAGGUAUGAAAUAUGAUGAUAUAUCAGAUAUAAAUAAUAACAGUAGUAGUAAUAAUAACAACAUCAAUAAUAAUAAUAAUAAUAAUCAAACAAAUAGUUAUCGAGAUAUAAAAAUUAAUAUAAAGUUACAUAAUGUAAUGUGUACCUUUAUAGAUAAUAUAAGAAAUUCCAUUGUUCCCAUUUUAAGAAUGAUAUUUAGUAUGAACAUAAGUAUUAAUUUAUAUACUGAUGAAUGUUCAUAUAAUAUUAGUGACUUAAAUUCUAAGUUAGAAUAUUUUAAUAAUUGUAUAGGUGAAUGGGAACCAUUUCUUGAGAAAUGCAAUAUUUCAUUAGAUAUACAUAAUAUUUUUCCAAAUGACGAAUAUGAUGAAGAUAAGGAAGCAAACAAAUCUCCUAUAAGUAUCAUUAAAAUUAAUAGUAUCAAAGCUUUGUGGUUUAAUAUUACACCUCAGUUAAUUAAUUUGUUAUUUUUAUUCGUGCCAGUCUUUUCUGAGAAGGUAUCUAAUGGGUUAAGAAAAAAUGCCAAAAAGGAAAUAGACCAUUAUAAUGAUAAGGAUAAUAAAUAUGUAAGUGAAUGUAUAAAAAAUGAUAUAUUAAUGGAAGAUAUGAAUAAUAAAUUAAAUGUUAGGAAUACAUCUAUUAAUAAGGAUAUAGAAACAUCUGAACAGAUGAAUAGUCUAAAUGACUUUUCCAGAUGUGAUAGUGGAUCCGUCGAAUUGGAAUACAAAAAUAUGAGUGUUAAGAGUAAGAGCAUAUUCGAAGAUUGUUCUUCGGUUUUUAAUUCAUUUCCGUGUGAUACAGAUGGUAAGGAAGCAAAUGAUUUUCAUUUGGAUGACUUUUUAAAAAAAGAAGAAAAUCGUAGUACAUACUAUAAUAGGAUAGAUAACUCAGUAAUAUAUUACGUUAAUUUGACAAGCGAAUACUUUUAUGCCUUUUUAAUGCCUGAAAGUAAGAUUGAAGAAAUUAUGAAGAGAAAAAAAUCUGUCACUAUGAAAAAUGUAUACAAAAGUGUGAACGAGGCGGAUGGGACAAAUAUGACUAUAAAAUCUUAUAAAUGGGAUGAGAAAAAGAAAAAGGUAGAAAAGGGAUUCAUUCAAAGGGAGAAUGUUACGAAGGCGAAUGGAAUGAAAGGAAAUGAUAUAAAACAAAAUGGCAUAAAACAAAAUGAAAUAAAAGAAAAUAUAAUGAUGGAACAUACAUUAAUUAGUUCAGAUGAUAAUAGUACCCAUAAUGAAGGGAAUGAAGAUUAUAUAUCUGAGGAAGAUCUUUUCAAUAUGAUACCUGAUGUAUAUGCAAAAAUUAUAACAACAAAUGAAUUAAUAUCAUUAGACAGAUUGUUAAUCAACGAAAUAGAAAAUAACUCCUUAAUAGAAAAAAAAUGUUUAUAUUUAUAUUUGAUACCCAUUCCACCAACAAAUGUUGUGAAUAUAGUUCAUGAUAUGUUUUCAAAUAUUAGUAAAAGAGAUAUUGUUUUAGAUCUCAUGAUUACAAAAAAUCCAAAGAAAACUAUUGAAAAUUUAUUAAUUUACAAUCAACAUAAGGAACAUAUACGUAUUAGGAGAAAUAGUAUAAAUAGCAUUUGGACGGAAAAUAUGAUGUAUGAUGACAAUAAUAAAAAGAAACAUAUAGAAUUGUAUUUGAAAAAAAUGCGUAUGAAAGCGGAAGAGGAUGGUGGUAACAAGGUAGGAACGGAUAAUAUACAUUUAUUGGAAGAUCAAAAUAUGUAUUUAUUAAACAAAGAAAUGUGGAAUGAUUAUAAAAACGUUAAGGGUAUUAUAAAAGGGGAAGGAAAAUAUACUAAUAGUACUAUUAGUAAAACGGACCAUACUUCAAGGAGUAACAAUAUGGACAAUAAUGUAAAAGGUAAUGAUAAUAUUAAUGGUAAUCACAGUGAUAGAGAAUCUGAAAAAAGACAAGACAUGAAUCAAAAUAAUGUAAAUGAAAAUAUCUUAAAUGUUAUGGUAGAAGGAAACAAUGAGGUAUUAGAUAAUGAGCAACGGGUUGAUAAAUCAUUGAAUUUAUAUACAAAAGGUUGUGAAAAUGAUGAUGCUAAUGAGGAUGUCAAUGAUGAAGAAGAAGGGUCUUAUGAUAGUUCUUCUGAUAGCUGUGAGGAUUAUGAAUCAACUGAUGAUACCCAUUCAAUUGAUGAAAGGGAUAAUUUGAAUUAUGAAUAUUAUUUUAAAUAUAAUAAGAAAAAGAAAAAUGAUUCAAGUUCUAUUUUUUCAUCGAAUAAAUUUGUUGGACCCUUUUUAAGAAACACAGAAUGUGUAAUAAUAAAUUUGAUUAAGAAUAGUUGUACAUCAUUAACUACAUCUUUGAAAAAUAGCAACGUUAUACAUUUAUUGAAGCCUGGUGAUUUUGUGUUUGAUGAAAAAUAUAAAUAUAAUUUUUCUAGCAAAAAGACUAAUGAAAUUAUGGAAAAUUAUAGUAUUACUGAUGGGAUUAUGGCAGACGAUGACAUAACUAAUGGAUCCAUAAAUAAUAAUAAUAAUAAUAAUAUGUGUAACAAAGGUAUUUAUGAUAAUACACCAACAAAACAGAUGGUCGAUAAAUAUGUUUCUAAAAAUAGUAUGAGUACUAAUAAGAAUAAUAAAUCGAGUAUAUUAAAUAAAGAAAAUAUUGACAAGAUAAAUGAAUGGGAAAGAAGAAAUGAAGAAAUGAUUAAACAAACAUAUAUAGCAUGUAAAUAUAGAUUGAAAAAUAAUUAUUUGCCACAAACAUCGUUGGUUGAAAAUGUAUGUGAAAUUAUAUCUCCUAUGCCAAAUUAUAAAAUAUUAUUUAUGUCAUCAACCGUUAGAAUUAUAAACAAAUGUGGUAUUCCCUUAGAAUUUUGUUUUUUUGAUGGUAGUCGAAAUCCUAUAUUAUUAACGUCAUUAGAGAAUAGGACUAUACCUAUAAAUACUUUAUAUCCUAAUCAUAGUGAUUCAUUUAAAAAUUAUAAGGUAUCUAAUAGUUUGAAUAUUAAUCCGAAUAUAAAAUUAAGACAGAAAAAUAAUAAUUUAAGUUUCACUGUAAUAUUAAAUCAUGAGUAUUUAUUAUCAGCACCCGAGUGUGUUUUUUGUGGACCUUCUCAUGUGUACAUGUCUUUUAAACCUAUCAAUGUGAUAACAGCAGAGAAUGAAUAUUAUGACAUAAUAGCUGGUGGUCCCACCACAAAUAUUGCGAACAAUAAUAAUAAUAAUAAUAAUAAUAAUAGUAGUAGUAGUAGUCAUAAUUAUUAUGGUAAUAAAUCAAAUAUUAAUGAUUUAUUAAAAAAGGACAAGGGGGGAAGCAAUGAUUUAAUAGAUCCUAUGUCUAUUAAUAUAGAAAAUGGAUGGUCUGAUAUUUUUAGUUCUGAUAUAUCUCAAGGGACGUAUGUGAAAAAGUGUAAAUACAAAGAUAUGAAUUCCUUCAUGUCUAAUAUAAAUAAAAGUAACGGUAGUGGAAAUAAUUUUUUUUAUUUCUUGGUAAAGAUUGAAAAUAAGAUAAGUGCUUUACCUGCUGAGAAAAAUUUGAAAAUUAUUACUAUAUAUCCUCAUGUAAGUGUUGUAAAUGCUAUACCAGCCUUUGUAGACAUAAUAAUAACAUCUGACGUAGUAGAAGAAAAGCAGAAUGAUUAUAUGUAUGAAGAAAGGAAUAAAAUAGAUGCAUUAAAAAAUAAGAGAGCAAAGUUAUUAAAACAGUGUGAGGAUAUAAAUUCAUAUUUGAAUAAGAUGAAUUCAUCAAAAUAUGGAGGAAGUAAAAUUUAUAGUGAUAGUUCAUCUAGAGUAAAAGGUAACAAAGAUAAUAGUAAUAGUAGUAAUAGCAAUAAUAGUGAACAUGUAUACAUGCAAGAGUUGAACAAAUUAGAAAGAGAAAUAUAUCAUAUAGAUGAAGAAAUAAAAUAUAAGAAAAAAGAAUUAUCUUCUCCAUUAGUAAAAGGAUAUGUGAAUAGAAGAUUAAAUCCAUUUUCUAUAUUUUAUAUAUAUGAAAUUAAGAAAUAUACUUGUUUGAAUUUAAAGAUGAAAAUAGGGAAUUCACAAUGUGAAUGGUCUGAAAAGUUAUUUUUAGUAGAAGAUGAUGAAGAAUCUGUAACUAGAUUUUCAUUACAUUUUAAAAAAUAUGCAUCAGUCGAAGUUGAAAUUAUUAAAAACUUUAGUGGAUAUUUUAAUUCUUUGAGUAGUAUCUUAGGAAAUAAACAAUUAUAUAUUUUUUCCUUACCAAGAUGUUUUAUAGAUAGAACAGGUUUAGGAAUUAAGGCAAUAAAUUCGAAUAAAUAUUAUCCUGUGAUUAAUGGAAUAACCUUAUUAGGGGAUCAUUCCCAGAUUGAUUUGUUAUUACCUCACAAAACUUAUACUCAACCGAACAAUAAUGUGAACAGUGGUAAUAAUAAUGUUGAAGAUGAUACGUAUAAUUAUUAUUCUAAGGGUGAUAUGAAGAGAUCGAAUAGGAUGUAUGAUAAACGAGGAGAUCAUAGAAAAGAUUAUAACGAUACAAACGAAAGUUAUGGUAAUGUAGAUGAUGUUAAUAAAAAUGAUAGUCGUUAUGUUAGUAAAAAUGCAAUUAUAAUAGAUUACAAUGAUAUAUUUAAUGAUUUUAAUUACCCUUCACCUGUAAAUAAUUCUGUAAUAUUAUUCAAAGCUACAUUACCUCCGAUUGGUAGUUAUACAGAAACCAAUGUGAUUUGUAAAAAUUUUUUUUAUACCUUUUGUUUAAAUACAGAAAAAAUAAAAACAACGAAUAUUCCAUAUAUUAUAAGUAGAAUAAUUACAGUGGUUCCACAAUUUAUUAUUAGUAAUAAAUUGAAUUUUCCCUUAUUAAUUAAACAAUAUCAGAAUGACCAGAUGCAAGGAGUUCGUGCAAAUGAUACAUCUCCUUUAUAUUUUACCAAAAAAAGUAGCAUUUUACUAUUUCAAUUUAAAUGUUUAGAUCCAUGUAGAACUAAUAAUGAGGAGAAGAACCAUAUGUUAUUAGAUCCGAAAAAUGUAAUAAAGAGUAAUGGAAAUAAAUAUUAUAAGUUGAAUAAAAAUAUAUAUUGGUCGUCUGUUAUAUAUCCUAGUGAAAAUUUUGUUGGAACAAAUUAUAUGGUAAUUAAUACAGGAAAUCACGAAAAAUCUGAUGUAUACGCGAUAACGUGUAUACCUGAUAGAGGUACGAAAAAUAUUAUCAUAGAAAAAUUAGAAAAUAAGAAGAAAGGUUUUAUAGCAUAUAAUAAUUCAAGUAUUGCAAAAUAUUUAAAGAUUAGAACAUUCCAUGAUGAUACGAGACAUAUGAAAAUUCACGAUGAAGAGAAUUAUAUGGAAAAGAAUAUGUUUUUAAGUAAUUUUUUAAAACCAACAGAUAUGGAACAUUAUUUUAAUAUAGAGCCAAAUAAAUAUAGUUAUUUGGGAUGGGUAAAUCCAUUUAUAUAUGUUACUAGAAAUGUACAGAUAGAAAUAGUUUUGGAAGAUUUAAAAAUAAUACCUAAAUCUCCAUUUGUUUUAAAAUUUGCUAUAUAUAAUUAUUCACAAAAAACAUAUUAUAUAAAUUAUUAUAAUAUUACAUUUGUUAUAUGUAUAGAAUAUAUAGAAGAUUUGAUAACCAUAAAAUUGAGCCAUAAAUUAAAUAUAAGCUCAAAUCUAUUAGAUCGUUCCUCUUAUUAUUAUAUGAUGAAUAAUAAAAGUAAUAUAACAGAUGAAAUAGCAUAUUCUAAUAGUUCACAUAAUAAUAUUAUGUUCAGCAAACAUAUGAAUAGUUGUGACAAAUCUGUUACAUCUAAUAAUGACAUUAAAUUAGGAUUAAAUAAAAAGAAGAAAUAUAUGGAAAUGGAAAAUCAGGUAAAUAUAGAAAAAUAUAAUAUAAUAAAUGGUAAAGAUAUUUCAAAUGAAAGGAAUAUUAUAGAUAAGAAUUCAGAGAAUAGUUUAAGUUUAUCAAAAAAUAGUGUUUAUGCCCAAAAACAAAUGAUUAUAGAUCAUGAUGAAUAUCAUUAUGUAAAAUAUAUAGAUGAGAAGGAUGGGGGUACUGGUAGUUAUAAAAAUAAUAGUAUUAGUAGUAGUACUAAUAAUUAUUAUAAGAAUGAAUCUGUGAAGAUGAUAAGUAAUACAUAUAAAAAUGUGCAUAUAAUAAUAAAUGUAACCCAGAUUGGUGUAAGUAUUAUAUCUAAUAUAUUAAAAGAGGAAGUAUUCUUUAUUGAACUAUCAAAAUUGUGUGCUUUGUUUUAUAUGAAAAAUGAAGAAGAGGUAAUAGAUAUAAAAAUAACAGAUGUACAAAUAGAUUGUCAGUUGGAAUCUUGUGAAAAGUGUGUGUUGUUAGCGAAUAGGGGAAUAAGUUCUUCAAAUAAUAAUAAUAGUAGUAGUAGUAGUAAUAAUAUGAAUAAUAUGAUAAGUGGAGGGGAUAUGAGUGGUAGUAAUAAUGUAUAUCAGAAUUAUCGUAAUGAAAAUAAAAGUUUUACAAUUAAUGAGAGUGACCUCCUUCGUUUUAAGAAAACAUUUGAUCGUAAUUCAAACGACAAAAAUAAUCAUAUGAAUCCUCUAUAUGAUAAUAAUAAGAAUAAAGGUACUACUACUACUACUACUACUAGUGGUAGUAAUAAUAAUAACAAUUAUAACAAUAAUAGUAGUAGUGUGUUAAAUAAAAAUAUGAAUGCAAAUGAAGAAAAGAUCUUUUUAAAUAUAUAUGUAGAAAGGUCUUUUAUAUCACAUAAUGAUGUUAUAUUUAAAAAAAUACAAGUUUCGUUAGAUGAUGUAGAAAUAGAAAUGGAUGCUGAAACUUUGAAUGGUAUAAAUUUAUUAACAGCAGAAUAUAUUGAAAGUAUAAGUAUUGUUCAAAAAAAAAAUUUGUUAUAUGAAGAAAUACAGAAAUGGACGAUUUUACCUGUAUAUGUAAAUUACAAAUCACCAGAAAUACCAUUAGCCAUAAAUAUCCAAUACAUGCAAAUAGAUAAAUUUACCUUAAUAGUGUGGUGUUCAUUUUUAUUAGAUAAAAUGCACAUGAUGAGUGAUUUGUUACGAAUAGGAUUACGAAUAUUAAUGGUAUCGGGAAAAUUAGAAUUAUUAGGUGCACCUGUAACCUUAAAUCAAGAAAUUUUUAAUAAUAUUCGUGUAAGUAUUAAAUCCUUUUAUGCAUUACUAAAAGAUAAGUAUAGUCAUUCUAUUUUGGCAUGUUUAGGUUUUAUAGUAGGAUAUAGUAGUUUAAUAAAUAUACCUAAGAUACCAUUAGAAAUUGGUCGAAAUACUAUAGGUUUAGCUGUAUAUGCAGUAGAUAAUGUGAGUGUUGGAAUUGGAAGCUUUUUAUCAAAUUUAACAUUUGAUUCCGAAUAUAUUAAUAGAAGACAAAAGGAGAGAACCUUUAAGACGAACACCAAUAUGAAAGAAGGUUUAAUUAGUGCUGUUAAAAAUAUUGGUGAAGGAGUAUUAAGUUUAUCUAAUAUUGUAACGAAGCCAAUUGAAGGGGCACAAAAAGAAGGAUUUGGUGGAUUUUUCAAAGGAAUAGGAAAAGGUGUUGCAGGUUCUUUAGUAAAACCAUUAGAUAAAGUAGGACAAGCUGUAUCUGAUGUAACUCGUGGAAUAAAAGCAGAAGUAUCGAAACCUAUAGGUGGUCAUAAAUAUAAGACUAAAAGACACAGAAAACCAAGAAUGCUAUGGGGAGAAUAUGGAAAAUUAAAAGAAUAUAAUAUAAACGAAGCAGAAUUAAGAGAAUGCUUAGGUUUGAAAUUUUCAAAAAAUAUUAUGAAAUGUUUAACAGUACAUAAACAAGAAAAUCAUCCUCCAUCACAUUAUGCAUUAUUAUUAUAUCCAAAGGUAAUUAUAUAUGCAAAUCUAUAUGCUAAUACUAAUGCUCAAAAGAAUGAUUUCUUAUUAUCCGAAAAAAAAACAGAUAUAGUUAUAUGGUCUAUAAAAAUAGAGGAUAUAACAGAAAUACGAGCAUCUAGUCAUGGACUCAUAGUAAGAACGAAUACAAGUACAAAUACGGUUUAUAAAAUACCAUGUAAUAAUGCUAUAUUGAUAAAUAAAAUAUAUAGGGAAUUGCAUAACUCAAAAAAUUCAAUAAACUCUACUGUUAUUUUGGGCGCCAAUAAUUCUGCCCUGUACAAAUAUUUAUAA